GAUCAGAAAAGGUGUCUCUGUGUAAAAUAUUUCAAAAAAAAUUUUUAUCCGAGAAGAGUUAAAAAUAAGAAAAUUUAAAUAGCUAAAAAUAGUAAUAAGAAACAGUGUUGCAAUCAUGUUUACCGUUACUGACGUUGCCACCUAGUGUAAAUUACUGCAAUCGGCGGUUCAGAGAGAGAGAGAGCAAACGCGAGAGUAGAGUUGCCAAUUGUCUGCGCUGCGCCCACCCAACACAAAUGCGGCUGUUUACAUUUAUUUGUGUUUGAUACGUGAACGCGCAUAGACGGAAAAAUUCUAGUUCGGAUCGCGCGUAGUGUUUUGUGAUUUUGCCAGCAAAGGCAAAAAACAAAGUGUUCGGUAUGCGUGUAAGAAAAAGAGUCAGUGCGUUUGGGUUUGUGUUUGUUUAGUGGCUGAAAGGAGAAGAGCCGCAAAAGAAAAUGUUCAAAACGGCGACAAAAACAAUAAUUUUAUAGUGGAAAAAAGGAAAUAAUAUACACAGCUGUCUAACGAAUUUUACAUAUCAGUAAUGUGAAAAAAUAUUCGAAAAUUUUUAUAAAUACCAAAUUACGUCAAUAAAUGAAAGAGAAAACUGCAAAAUCAUGCAACCGCUGCAAUUCAAAACUCAAAAAAACUUUUAUUUGGAAAUAAAAGCAAUUCGAAAAAGUAAAGUAUAAACACACAAAGUUGCAAAACGCAUUUUGCCACAUAAUAAUUUCAACAAAAGAAAUUCAUAAAUACGCAAAAAAAAAAAUAGUAAAAAAGUGAAAUUAAUUAUAACAAAAGCCAAAGCACCAUAAAAGUGAGCAAAAAGAUAGCAAUAAAAAAGCAAACAAAAAAAUCAAAAUCACUUCCAUUCAAAAGUAAAUAAAAGUGACGGUUGUGCGUCUGCAAAUGACAGCCAACCAAGUGAGCAGCGACUCGGCUGCCAAAAAGGCUGCUACACUACCAACAAUAGCAACAACAACAAUGAUGCCAACACAAACGUCCACGAUUAGUUGUGGAGUUGGCGCAUCUAAAGCGAGUAACGAAACAACAUUUCGAAUACAAAAGCAAAAUCAGCAACAACAACAACAGCAACAGCAAACAAUGCAGACGACGUCAUGCAGUAAGCAGCAGCCGAGCAAGCAUGCACAACUACAACGAAACUUACUCAUUGGAUUAAUUUUAACAGCAUUUUGCGCACAGAGUGUAAUUUGUGCCGACUUAGCCAUAAGCAUACCUAAUAAUCAAGGACUGGACAAUGUCUUUUAUCGCAUCGACUACAGUCCGCCAUUCGGUGAUCCAGCGCCAAACACAACAAUACCGUCGCGUGAGAUUGGCGAGGAGAUUCAAUUCUCGCACGCUCUGCCCGGCACCAAAUACAAUUUCUGGUUGUACUACACAAAUUACACGCAUCCAGAUGUGCUAUCGUGGACGGUGACAAUUACCACAGCGCCCGAUCCGCCCUCGAAUCUCUCCGUGCAAGUGCGCAGCGGCAAGAAUGCCAUCAUCUCGUGGUCACCGCCCACCCAAGGCAACUACACAUCCUUCCGCAUCAAAGUGCUCGGCCUCUCCGGUGCUUCCAGCUCAUACAAUCGCACAUUCGUCGUAAAUAACACAUUCCAGCACAGCGUCAAAGAGUUGACGCCGGGCGCCACAUAUCAGGUGCAGGCCUACACCGUGUACGACAACAAGGAAUCAGUGGCGUAUACCAGCCGCAAUUUCACAACAAAGCCCAAUACACCCGGCAAAUUCAUUGUCUGGUUUCGUAAUGAGACCACACUGCUCGUGCUGUGGCAACCACCGUAUCCAGCCGGCAUUUAUACCCAUUACAAAGUGUCCAUUGAACCACCGGAUGCGCUAGAGAGUGUGCUGUAUGUGGAGAAGGAAGGCGAACCACCGGGUCCCGCACAAGCGGCUUUCAAAGGACUUGUGCCCGGACGUGCUUAUAAUAUAUCGGUACAAACAAUGUCCGAAGAUGAAAUUUCGCCACCGACUACCGCACAAUAUCGCACUGUACCGUUACGACCGCUGAAUGUGACAUUCGAUAAGGAUUAUAUAACAUCGAACUCGUUUCGUGUGUUGUGGGAAGCGCCAAAAGGCAUAUCAGAGUUCGACAAAUAUCAAGUUUCGUUGGCCGCUUCACGUCGACAAUCCACUGUUUCACGAAAUAAUGAUCCGAUUGCUUACUUUGAUUUUCGCGAUAUCACCGAACCGGGAAAGACGUUCAAUGUUAUCGUGAAAACCGUUUCGGGUAAGGUGACCUCAUGGCCAGCGGCUGGAGAUGUAACGCUACGUCCGCUGCCAGUGCAUAAUUUACGUUCGUUUAAUGACGACAAGACAAAUACCAUGCGUAUCACAUGGGAGCCGGAUCCAGCGAGCACACAGGAUGAAUACCGCAUAGCUUAUCAUGAACUGGAGACGUUCAACGGUGACACGAGCACCUUUACCACCGAUCGCACAAGCACUAUUCUGGAGAGCCUGCUACCGGGUCGCAAUUAUUCGCUUUCCGUGCAGGCGGUCUCAAAGAAAAUGGAAUCGAACGAAACAACAAUAUUCGUGGUAACACGUCCAUCCUCACCCAUUAUUGAGGAUCUAAAGAGCAUACGCACAGGUCUAAAUAUAAGCUGGAAGAGUGAUGUGAACUCCAAACAAGAAAAAUAUGAAGUACUGUAUUCGCGCAAUGGUACCUCUGAGGUGCGUACCAUAGACACAAAGGACUCACGUUUGGUCAUCACCAAUUUGCAUGCUGGCGCCGGUUAUGAGGUGAAGGUCUUUGCCGUUAGUCAUGGUCUGCGAAGUGAACCGCAUGCUUAUUUCCAAGCAGUGUUUCCCAAUCCCCCACGCAAUAUGUCCAUCGAAACCGUACGCAGCAACUCUGUGUUAGUGCAUUGGGCGCCACCUGAGAAUAGUGAUUUCACUGAGUACUCGAUGCGGUACCGCACGGAGACUAAAGAGCAAUGGACUAACUUACCCAGUGUGCGCGCCACUGAGACGGACAUUACCGAUAUGACUAAAGGUGAAAAGUACACCAUACAAGUAAAUACUGUAAGCUUCGGUGUGGAGAGUCCCAAUCCACAAGAGGUAGUGUAUACCGUACCGCCGAAUGAGGUAUCCAAUAUCAUACCCUUGGUGGAUUCGCGCAACAUUACAUUAGAAUGGCCAAAGCCCGAGGGACGCGUUGAAUCGUAUAUACUAAAGUGGUGGCCUACCGAAAAUCCGAGCAAAGCUCAAACUAAAACAGUAUCUGAGAAUAAAUCAGAUGAGUUAUCCACUGUGCGUGUAUUGAUUGGUGACCUAAUGCCUGGUGUACAGUACAAAUUCGAUAUACAAACCACUUCCUACGGCAUCUUUUCACGCACCACACACCUCUCCACACGCACCAUGCCGCUCAUACAGUCGGAGGUGGUUGUUGUAAAUGACAGACAAGAGGAUGAACGCGACACCAUAACGCUCUCAUACACACCAACACCACAGUCAUCUUCGAAAUUCGACAUCUACCGUUUCUCACUCGGUGAUCCAGAGAUAAAGGACAAGGAAAAGUUAGCCAACGAUACCGAUCGCAAGGUCACAUUUACCGGGUUAAUACCGGGCCGUCUAUACAAUAUCACCGUUUGGACGGUAAGUGGCGGCGUGUCCAGUUUACCCAUACAACGUCAAGAUCGUCUAUUCCCCGAACCGAUAACUCAAUUGCACGCCACUAACAUCACAGACACUGAAAUCUCGCUCAAAUGGGACAUACCGAAGGGCGAAUAUAAUGACUUCGAUGUACAAUACUUGACCGCUGACAAUAUACUCGCACAAAAUAUUACCCCACGCAAUGAAAUCACCAUCGCCGAUCUACGUCCACAUCGCAACUAUACAUUCACAGUUGUCGUGCGUUCGGGCACUGAAUCUUCGGUGUUGCGUAGCAGCUCACCACUAUCAGCAAGCUUUAGCACGAACGAAGCAGUACCAGGACGUGUUGAACGUUUCCAUCCGAUCGAUGUGCAACCGAGUGAAAUCGUUUUCGAGUGGUUGCUGCCGACGAGUGAGGCCAACGGUGUCAUACGUCAAUUCUCCAUCACGUACAUGAAUGUGAACAAUGUCACCGAGAUGCGUAUACAACAAUUCGAGUCUUCCGAUGUCACUGGCACCAUACGCAACCUUAGGCCGGGCGAAACGUAUAUUUUCAAAAUACAAGCGAAAACAUCGGUUGGCUAUGGACCGGAACGAGAGUAUAAGCAAACCAUGCCAAUUUUGGCACCGCCACGCCCACCCACACAAGUAGUGCCCACCGAAGUGUAUCGCAGUUCACAAACAAUACAGAUACGUUUUCGUAAAAACUAUUUCUCCGACCAAAAUGGCGCGGUCCGCUGGUAUACGAUCAUCGUCGCCGAGGAUGAAACUAAAAAUGCUUCAGGUCUGGAGAUGCCAAGUUGGCAUGACGUGCAAUCGUAUAGUGUAUGGCUGCCAUAUCAGGCAAUCGAUCCAUAUUAUCCCUUCGAAAAUCGUUCGAUAGAGGACUUCACUAUCGGCACAGAAAAUUGUGACAAUCGUAAAAUAGGUUACUGUAAUGGACCGUUAAAAUCGGGCACUACAUAUCGAGUGAAAGUCAGAGCCUUCACAGCGCCUGACAAAUUCACAGACACAGCCUACAGCUUCCCCAUACAAACAGAUCAAGAUAACACUUCGUUGAUUGUCGCCAUCACCGUGCCACUAACCAUCAUCUUCGUACUGCUCAUCACUUUAUUCGUUUUUAAGCGUCGUCGCAAUAGUUGCCGCAAGGCUACAAAAGACUCGCGUGCCAACGAUAACAUGUCGCUGCCCGACAGUGUAAUCGAGCAAAAUCGUCCGAUUCUGAUUAAGAAUUUCGCCGAACACUAUCGUCUCAUGUCGGCCGAUUCGGAUUUCCGUUUUAGUGAGGAAUUUGAAGAGCUAAAACAUGUGGGUCGUGAUCAGUCGUGCACAUUUGCUGAUCUACCUUGUAAUCGUCCAAAAAAUCGUUUCACCAACAUUUUACCUUACGAUCAUUCGCGCUUCAAACUGCAGCCUGUCGAUGAUGAUGAGGGCUCGGACUAUAUAAAUGCCAACUAUGUGCCGGGUCACAACUCGCCGCGUGAAUUCAUUGUGACACAAGGUCCGCUGCAUUCGACACGCGAUGAUUUCUGGCGCAUGUGUUGGGAGAGUAAUUCUCGUGCCAUUGUGAUGUUAACGCGCUGCUUCGAGAAGGGGCGUGAGAAAUGUGAUCAGUAUUGGCCAAAUGAUACGGUGCCCGUCUUCUAUGGCGACAUCAAAGUGCAAAUUUUAAAUGAUAGCCACUAUGCGGACUGGGUAAUGACGGAGUUCAUGCUGUGCAGGGGCAGCGAACAGCGCAUUAUGCGCCACUUCCAUUUCACCACUUGGCCGGACUUCGGUGUACCAAAUCCGCCACAGACGUUGGUGCGCUUCGUGCGCGCUUUCCGCGAACGUAUCGGCUCCGAGCAACGUCCAAUUGUCGUGCAUUGCAGCGCUGGUGUGGGCCGCUCCGGCACAUUUAUAACGCUCGAUCGCAUUCUGCAGCAGAUAAAGACUUCGGAUUUUGUCGAUAUUUUCGGCAUUGUCUAUGCCAUGCGUAAAGAGCGCGUUUGGAUGGUGCAAACGGAACAGCAGUAUAUCUGCAUUCAUCAGUGUUUGCUGGCUGUGCUUGAGGGUAAAGAGAAUAUUGUAGGUCCUGCGAGAGAAAUUCACGAUAAUGAAGGUUACGAAGAGCAACAACUACAGCUUGAUGAGAACGGCGAGGUGAUUGCAACUAUUGAAGGACAUGAAUUGCAGCCCGAAGAAGCGGAGGAAAUCGAUAAUGAGAACGCCGCCAUCAUACAUGAUGAUCAACAGCCAUUAACCGGUUUCGGUGGUGCGGCACACAGUGCCUCGAUGACAUCGUCCUUCAAUGGUGGCGCUCAUAUGUACUCCGAUAGCACCGCAGUGGACAGAUGACAUUCGAUUAGCCAAAACGAUAAUAACAACUCUGUGGUUAUCGUUUUGGUGGAUAAUAAACCCAGCUCGAUGAUCUGUAAAGAGGGUGCCAUCGAUGUUAUCAGCAUUGGCGGCAAUGUGGUACACAACACCAAUACGCUCGGUGGAAGCGGUGCGGGAAAUCAUCAUAAUACAAACGGUGGCAACAACUCAAUGAACGGCCACCACACGCUGCAACACAGACGCAAGUCACAGCUAAUCACAUUCAGCGCGUCAUCCUGUGAUAUUAAGAAUAGUCUCAGCCAUGAGAUUAUAUUGGUGAAUAGCAAUGGCAAUAGCGUCAACAAUGGUGGCAGCGGCGUUACUGCUGUUGGCAAUGGACCACGUGGCAGUAUAGUCGGCAGUAUUAGCAAUAGCAGCGCUGUUGUCAUCGGCAAUGGCAGCUCGGGUAGUGGUAGCGGCGGUGGCGGUAAUGCGCGCCUAAGCUUUGCCGAGGAGGAUAUAAUGAUUGUGACCAAUGGCAGUGGUAGUGGUUGUGGUGGUGUUGGCGGUGGCGGCUCAGCUUCAGUUUCCGGCGGCUCCGGUAGCGGUGGCUCCGGUUCGGGUAAUGAUGGUGAUCUAGAUGAUGAUGUCUUCCGUCGCCGUUCGCUCGAUGUUGACGAGGAUGAUGAAGAUGAAGAUGUGGAGGAGGACGAUGGCCUCUUCGACGAUGUCUACGGCACGCAUAUUGAUGUGGCACAUAAUGCCAAUGACGACAGUGGUGGCGGCAGCUAUGAGGAUUCACAUGCCAUGCAUAGCUCGUUGGCGGGCAGCAACCGUAAUAGUUUGGAAAAGGACGAUGAUGACAUCGAGGCGGAUGUGAUCAGCACAGAUGUUAGCUGCUAUGAUCAGUUGUUGGGCACAAGUUGUAAUACGCGCAAUGACGAGGACGAAAUAGCGACACUGGUUGGUGAAGGCGAAAGCUAUACAAAACUCUGUAAAACCGGUGUUAAGGGCACAACUACAUUGAAUGGUGUUGGUAGUGGUGGUGUUGGUGAGAACGGUGGCAUCAUAUAUGCCAAUCCGUUUUUGGAUGAUGAAGGCAUCGCGGAAUCGGGAAUGUAAAAAAUACUAACUAAAGUCAAAUUAAAUACUUUAAACUAUAUUUAGAGCUGAACAAAUGAAAAUAUGACGCUUUACGACCUAAAUUGAUCAAUAAGAGAAUAUGCAAUAUUGAGCAUAACUUUUAUUUUAGCAAAAUAACGGUUAUGCGCCGUUAGAGACUCGAAUGUGGAAGAGCAACUCAAAGUGAAUGGAUAUCAAUAUUGCGAAAUAAAUUAGAAGAAUACUAAUUUACAUAAGAGAUAAACAUACACAUAUAUAAAUAUAUAUAUAGAAUAAAUGGACAACAGUUAAAGUACUCGUACUGCUAAGAAUUACAAAAACAACAAAACAAUAAUGAAGCGUUGAAGCAGUAAACGUAAAGAAGAAUCUCGCCAACAAAGGAACAAAUAUUUAAAAAAUAUUUAUACUUAAACAAAACAGCAACAACUUAAUUAAAUAAUUAAUUAGUGAAUGUGCGAAAUAAAGCAAUGUGUAAAGUUUUUUACAUCAAAUGUAUAAUAUAAUAAAUACUAAAAAAUAUUGCUAUACUUAUACAUAUAUAAUAUUAUGCAUAAUUAAAUAUGCAAUUAAAACUAACAAAAACAUUGCAUUUGUCUAAGUGAAUAAAGCAAUAGCAAACGAAUCAUUGGCAACAACAAAUGAAUUUUUAAUUUUUUUGUUUUUUUUUUUAAGCACUUUUAAAUAUUUUUUAAAACCAAAAUCACUGUAUAAAACCAAUUUGUUCGCAAUUCAUUGUUUUCUACUUUACUUUGUUUUUUUUUUUUUGUUGUAAGUACUAAUGUAAACUGAUAAUUACAUUUUAUUAAUUUUAAAAUAUUUUUUUUGUUAUCACAUGCCUAAAAUUGUUUGUACAAGCGCAAUGAUGAGCUAUGAACUAAUGUGGCAAAUUUAUAAAUAUGUAUAUUUAAAUGCUUGUAAUGGUAUAUGUAAAUCUUCUUAUUGUAUGAAAGUUAGGCAAUAUGUAUUUUAUAUAAAACUUUUUUUUUUAAAUGUAUUGUAUGUAUAUUUAAAAGUUUUGUAAAUGUAUUUGUAAAAAAUGAAGUAAGCAAAACUUGAUAUCUUCAAAAAGAGCCAAGAACAAGUUACAAUAGAUUUAUAUUUUAUGUUGAUUUUAAUUUCAAUUUAUCAAACUUAAAUUUUUUAACUGUUUGUGUUUUUUUUUAUUGUAAACAAACCGAAAUAAAAUAUGGACAAACAUAAUUUAUAA